GAGGGAGGGAUUUAUGAACUGGUUACUGAGUGCCUUAUACCCUCUCUUCUGUAAGAUUGCUCAUUUGCCCGGAAUGUCCUCCACUGAGCAGUGAUGUGUAUCCAGGACCUUAACAGGUUCUGGAUGGAAGGACUUGGUUUCUAUCUACUUACCUCCUCUGAUAAGCAGUUAGCGGUACCUUUAGUGCGCCGCUCCACCUUAAGGCUGACACAGGGUUUGUUUGUUCUGUUAGGGCUAUAGUUCAGUUGGGAAAUACUGUGAAACCACCAGGCCAGGUCACUAACCCUUUCCAUGGAGGCUGAGCCAAGGACUGGAAGACACCCCUUCUGACUUGGGGGCAGUCUCCAAACAGAACCACCUCCAUUCACAACAAGAGCCAGCUAAAAGCUCCACCCUUUCCCCAUCUUCCCUUGUUACCCUAGUUACACUGGGACUUUGGAGCAGAGCACCAUGGGGACUCCAAAUGAUCAGGCAGUGCUGCAGGCCAUCUUCAACCCCAACACACCAUUUGGAGAUGUCAUUGACUUGGACCUGGAAGAAGCAAAGAAAGAAGAUGAAGAUGGAGUUUUCCCUCAAGAACAGUUGGAGCAGUCCAAAGCUCUGGAGUUGCAGGGAGUGAGGGCAGCAGAAGCUGGGGACCUCCACACAGCCCUGGAGAAGUUUGGCCAAGCUAUCUGCCUGCUACCUGAGAGAGCCUCUGCCUACAACAACCGGGCUCAAGCCCGGAGGCUCCAGGGGGAUGUAGCAGGCGCCCUGGAGGACUUGGAGCGCGCAGUGACGCUGAGCGGCGGCCAGGGUCGCGCCGCCCGCCAGAGCUUCGUGCAGCGCGGACUGCUGGCGCGAUUGCAAGGCCGAGACGACGACGCCCGCAGGGACUUCGAGCAGGCAGCGCGACUGGGCAGCCCGUUCGCGCGGCGCCAGCUGGUGCUGCUCAACCCGUACGCCGCGCUGUGCAACCGCAUGCUGGCCGACAUGAUGGGGCAGCUACGCGCGCCCAGCAAUGGGCACUGAGCGUGGCCGAGGGAUGAUGGAGAGGGGACCCCUGAUCCAACCAGUACCCAAUAAAACUUCGGGGACUGCC